AUGAGAGGAUCUGGGCAUGGAUCCGGCAGUUUCCGUACUGGGGAAUGGGCUCUGCGUGGUGCUGUUUUUGAGCUGCUGUGGCGCGGACCUGUCGUGGCUUUGGCGGCACCCCAUUCGUCUCAUCUGGUGAUUCUCCAUCUUCAGCUCGGAAUCUGGUGCGUUUCUGGUAGUUCUUCGGCCUUACAGCUCGAAAUCUCUUCAGCAGCACCGCAACACGCAAUCCAUCGGCCCUGUCUCACGACCGUCUUAAUGCGCAACAAGUCGUUACCUAUGUCAAUAAUACGAUGGAUGCUGCCAAAACUCCCCUCGGCUCUCUCGCCUGCAUGCUCGCCGUCACUUUCGGUCUCGUAUGUAUCAGAUCAGAUCAGGUCCGCCGAUCCAGUCCAGACAGACCGGAGAACAUGCAGGAAGCAAGUUGGCACGUUGGCAAGGCAUGGGACGGUGUGCGAUGCCUACUGGACCAAGCCACGGAUAACUGACACGGACACCGGCAGACACGUACGGACCUGCCAACGAAACCCAACCCAACAUAUCGGCGACGGCCGUCCACCAAACAAAGCCGCGUGA